AUGGAGCUUUUAAACCGCCUGUUUCAAGACGGCAAACGCUUGGACCAGCCCAAGUGCCAGCAAACGCUGCGCGAGUGUCUGAUCGACUACUUCCACAAGUUUGGCGACAAGUGGUGUUGUCUCAGUGACAUGGCUUCGUAUCUCUCUUUUGUGCCUAAGGGUGCGCAGGACGAGGUGUACUUGGAG